AUGUCCGGGCAUUCUCGCAAGCCCUCGAGCCGGACGGCACUCCCACGUCGAUCCACAAGAGGCCCUCUUGAUGCCCCAGAUGACCUUCUGUCUCCAACACCUUCACUGGCAAGUUCUACGGUCAAGUCUCCAAUAUCUCCUCAAAGGUCGCCUGUCCGAGCAGCAACGAGCGAUAGUACACAUCCUAUGGCCAUCGGAAACUCCGGCAACGAUCCGCUGGAGCAGUACGAAGAAGUGACGGAUCGAGACUUCUCGUUCCUCCUGGAACCUGGCAUCUAUCAUCCAUUGUCCCAGCUGGACGUUCCAGGCCCCUUCAGACGCGCAUUCCCACAACCACUGCCAGCCUCAACCAGCAUUUCUGAGGCUGUGGCGCAAAUCAACGACCUUUUAUCGCAAUGUGACUAUCUCCGUGCGGCACAUUUGGCUGGACUUGUGCUGAUAUCCGGCGCCGUUCGACCUACUGAUCAGAAAACAAUCUUCCACCUACUCUCGAUCCGGUACUCGUGCCUUGAGCUUUCAGGAAACAUUCUCCUUGCGGCUCAAGAAGCAAAAUCCCUUGAAGACCUGGGUUCUACUUUCUAUUAUUCGGAGCCGCCACAAGACGAAACCAUGACUGAGGAGAGUGCCGAUAAGCCUCUCCCAAAACACAUCGUACCCUUUAAUCUACGUCUUCAGGCCUUGAGGCUUCAGAGCAUAGGGUUCUCAGAUCCAAGACGCGGAGUAGCUUCACUGUAUGAUCUAGGUGCGGAGUGCAGAGAAUACUUGUCAUCAUCCACUCUAUCCAGUGCUCAGCGGCAACUGUGGUCCCAACGCUUACAAGAGGUCGGCGUGCGAGUAGUUAAUGCACUCGUCGAAAUGAAUGACAUUGAUUGUGCGAGAAGGACUCUGGAUUCCACCAAGCCGACAACGGAAGAAGAGCUCGGGCUAUGGACCCUGCGUAAAGUGACACUAUCUAUCCGCAUGGGUCUCCUCGGAGAGGCUCAGAAGAUCGUCCGGUACUCCAACAUAUCCGGCCCGGAGAAGAGCAUUCUGGAAUCACUCAUUGCCGUAGCAGAUGACCGUUUUGAUGCGGCCAUCGAGCUGCUGACAAGACCAACGAUGGAGCACCACCGCCCUCUUCUGGCUCUGGCGAAACAAAACCUCGCGGUCGCGUAUCUCUACCAGGGUGACAUUCAGCACGCAAAGGAAGUUCUAGACACGCUGAUCAACGACGACCAAUCUUUUCAGACUCUGACUAUAAAUUUGGCCACAAUCUUAGAUCUGACCACUGACCGUUCGAGGGAGAUGAAGCUGAGACUUGCCGAGAGAGUUUCGAAGCAGCAGAGUCCGCCCAAACAAGCUCGAUCGUACACCAACGCGGACUUCAAGCUAUAA